AUGGCGAUGAUGACAACCUUUCCUUUUUCACUUAUAGACUCUGCAGGAGAUUGGUUGUACUACUUACCUCCUGGGAGUAUAACCAUAUGGAAUGGGAUGAAGAAGUUAUUUCUUGAGAAGUAUUUUCCGGCAUCAAAAGCGGCAGUGAUUCACAAGGAAAUUUUUGGUAUUGUGCAAAUAUCGGGAGAGACUCUCUAUGAGUAUUGGGAGCGGUACAAAAAGCUUUUAGCUAGCUGUCCACACCACCAAAUCAGUGAUCAACUUGUCAUUCAAUAUUUAUAUGAGGGGUUGCUUCCUAAUGAGAGACAUUUGAUUGAUGCUGCAAGUGGUGGUGCACUCACCAACAAGACCAUUGCUGAAGCUACAAGAUUGCUAGAAAACAUGGCUGCAAACACUCAACAAUUCUACACUCGAGGUGAACCAGUGGUAAGGAAAGUGAAUGAAGUUGGUGAUUCUUCACAUUUGGAACAUAGAAUGGGUAACAUGGAGAAGAUGAUGCAAAAAAUAGCGGCGGCUGUAAUACCAUCAUACACCGAAGAUGUUGAGCAAGCAAGUGCUAUGUACCAAAAUCAGCAAUGGCCAAUAUAUGACCGGUAUUCUAGCACAUACAAUACGGGUUGGCGUGAUCAUCUUAAUUUCAUCUACGCCAACAAGCAAGCUGCAGUUUCCAAUCCGCCUUUCAAUCAACAAGGUGGGUACCAAUUCUUGCAAAGGCCGCAACAAGAAUCUCAAGGCAUGAUUAUAGAUGACAAGUUGAAUCUCAUUCUCAACACAAUGACGCAAGAUAAGCAAAAGACGAAGAUGGCUAUGAAGGACAUGCAAACAUAA